UAUGGACUGUAAACAAUGACGGAACCAACGGAUCAGAUGAGAACUUCACUCAGUCAGAAGAACUUGAGGAGAGUGAGCCGCACAGAAGACAGCAGUCCCUAUCCCAUUCCUGGACUUGCCACGGACUUUCUCCACAUGAGAGUGAAAGAAGGAAGCAAGAUCCGCAAUUUACUGCGCUUCGCAACAGCUCGCAUGCAAGACCAAGGCAAAAACAGCGAGACAUCGUUGAGACAGGUCGUCUUCACCGGUUCGGACAGAGGAGUCACUAAGACCAUCACUUGUGUGGAGAUCCUCAAACGCAAAGUGGCAGGACUCCACCAGGUCUCCAAGCUCUACUACAAGACAGUGAAUGAGGUUUGGGAAGAUGACGGAGACGGAGACGGAGACGCGGGGGGAAGCAGGCAGAGGACAGUCCCUGCCAUCUGUAUCCUGCUGUCCAAAGACCCUCUCGACGCUCAGGAGCCCGGAUACCAACCUCCACAUACCGCGAUCACAGAGGACACGGACACAUGUGAAGGCGUGACCCGGACGCCGCAUGGGCCACCCUCGGCUAAGCGAAUACGUAUGGAAGACUGGAGUCAAAGUGUGCCUCCGUUGACAAAUCCAUUUCAGGGUGGCCUAGUCGGCUUACCAGGACAAAAACAUGGCGAGAGAAAGAGGCGGUUCAACUAGCAACCAGCCGGUCCACUCUAGACAGAGAAGAACCUGUUUUUGAUGUAGGUCCUUAAAAACCGCAGAGAAGAAGACUACUACCCCCAUCCAGAUAGAGAAGCUGCUCCUUAUGCAUCCAUUUCUGUACCGCUGGUCAUCGUUAGGGUCCCGGGUAAGCUGGAGCCUAUCCUCGCUGACGGUCAGAGGCGGGGUACACCUGGACUGGACGCCCAUCGCAGGGAACAUGUACUCCGUAUAUGGACCAGCAACCACUCACGUUCACUUUAAGACCAAUGGACAAUUCAGAGAAGCACCAAACUACACGCAGAACAGAAAGGACAUAAUAAGUAAAUUAUGAAUAUGUAAAAAGUAUGUGCUUUUUAACAUUGGUACACUAUUAUCUGUAUGUAUUACUAUUACUAUUACUAUUACUAUUACUAUUAAAGUGGAAUCCUAUGCCAAAUAUCACACCAACUAGCACAAUAUUAAUUAGAACCAUUAGACAUAUUAUGUAGUAUGGGCUGCACGGUGGACAAGUGGUUAGAACGGAGGCCACAGCUAGGGGUUCAAUUCCACCCUAGGACAUCUCUGUGUGGAGUUUGCAUGUUUCUCGGGUACUCCGGUUUCCUCCCACAUUCCAAAAACAUGUUAGGUUAAUUGGCCACUCCAAAUUAUCCAUAGGUAUGAAUGUGAGUGUGAAUGGUUGUUUGUCUAAAUAAAUUAAAAGUGUUUUGUACAGUACCGUUCAUA